GCUGCACACUGGGAUUCAUCUACUGUAGGCAAAUACAGAACAGAGAGGCACCUGUGUGUGUGUGACAGUGUGUGAGUGUGUUUGUGUGUGAGCUCAACAGCAUCAUGGAUACAGAAUACUCAAAGAGAGUGUACCAAGGCGUUCGAGUCAAGCACACAGUCAAGGACCUGCUGGCGGAGAAGCGAUCCCGACAAACACCCGGGCCCAGAUACAACGGAGGAUCACCCUCUCCGCCGUCUUUCGUCCAGAUGCCAGGGUCUCACAUGCUGCCCAGUUAUUACGGCAUGAGGCGCUCCUUCAUCUCGGACUCAGACUUCUGCCCGUCCACUAAGCAGUUCUCCCCUGAUGUGUACUCCCCCUCGCUGGGGGGUAAGCCCCUGGGCUGCGAGCCCUCCUCCAUGAGCAGCUACUCCUCCUUCAUCGACAGCUACUACCCGGAGACCUUCGGGGAUUACCGCAGCGCCGCCGCCUUCUCCAGCUCCGGAGGCUCCUUCCUGCCCUCCUCCGCCCUCUCAUCCCUGCUGCCGCCCUUCACUGGAGAGUCCUCACACUUAUUUCUGAGGGACUCAUGGGAGCAGUCUGUUCCUGAGCCGGUCUCCCAGGUGGAGGCUCUGUGUCCGGACAGCCUGGCCUCCGUCAGCGUGCCGCCCUCCAUGCCCAGCCCGGACCCCCCGGGGAGCCCGUCCCAGUACCGCUCCCCCAGCCGAGGCUCCUCCAUGGGCCAAGUCUCCAGCAGCCAGCCCUACACCUUGCACUCCCUGGAGGAAGCCCACUACCACCCCCUGACCACCAGCAGCACCUACACGGUCCCCAACAGCUCCUUCCCCUGCCCCUCCUACAUGGGCGUCCCCAUCAGCGACCUGGUGUCAAAGAUGGUGACGGACGAGGCCUCAGCCUCCCCCCCCAACGGAGAGGCGCAGUCCUCCUGGGCCAAAGAGGAUGGAGUGAGCUCCUGGUCGCCAUACGAGAUCAGGAGGGCCUACUGACCGCAGGAGGGUCUCCAUCUCUAACAAGAUGGAGGUCUCACAGACUAUUGAACACUGAACAAGCACUUGACAGAACAGAGAAGACUCAAGCAUCUGUAAAAGUGUGAUUUGAAGACAAUUCCCGCCAUGUACAA